UUUUGCUCCUUGAUUUGUAUAAGACUCUAAAACUGUAGACCACAGAUGAUAGUUUCUUUGACUUCGAGUGAGAUAAAAGAUCUAUGCUUAAUUGUUUAGAAUGAAGGUUACAAGGAUGUGAUAAUAUUAGUUCAUUUAUUUCUUCGCCCUUCUUAUCCCCAAUAUUAUUCUUAGCAACUUUGAAUUGUAAGGUCACCUUAAAAGGGAUGCUUUAAGCAAAAAAUGUUCUUUCCCAACCCCCAUUAUUGUGCUGAAGAACGAAGACCGAAUUAUACAACAGAUUAUGUUAAAGUUAAAAGAGGCGAGGAUGUUCAGACCUAUGAGCUUGGCCAGAGACAAGAGAUAGUAGAGCUCAGAACUUUAAGAAGGAAUAUUUCAUAUUAGCAUAUAAACCGAUAUAAUCGUAUUCGGAGUGGAUCUAUUAAC